CAAAACACACACUACUCUCUCUCACAAGUCUCACCCACACAAACUCACACUACACUCAUAGGACGUGAAAUCUGACUGAAAUGGCAGCAAGUCUCCAACAAACUCCGAUCACGUUCGGGUGCCGUUCACCGCCGUCGACUCAAAUCCCCACGGCACCCACCGCCAAGCUCUCCCUCACUUCCACCUUCACCACCGGCCUCAAAAUCCCCAAACUCACCAUAAAACCCCGCUCCUCCUCCUCCUCCAACACCAACCGCAGCCACGGCGCCGCCGGGGCACGAAUGGCAGACACUGCAGCCGGAAGCUACGCCACCGCCUUAGCCGAGGUCGCCCAGUCCAACGGAACCCUAGAGCAAACCGCAGCCGACGUGGAGAAGAUUGAGCAGCUCUUCUCCGACCCGGAGGUCUCUGCCUUCUUCGCAAACCCCACUGUCGACGAAGAGAAGAAGCGUAACGUCGUCGACGAGAUAGUGAAGUCAUCGGAAUUACAGCCCCACGUGGCGAACUUCCUCAACAUCCUCGUGGACAUGAAGAGAACGGACAUCGUGAACGACAUCGUAAAGGAGUUUGAGCUGGUGUAUAAUUCUCUGACGGAAACUGAGAUGGCGGUGGUGACGUCAGUUGUGCAAUUGGACUCCCAGCAUUUGGCCCAAAUUGCGAAGGGGGUCCAGAGAUUGACUGGGUCCAAGAAUGUGAGGAUUAAGACUGUAAUCGACCCGUCUCUUGUGGCUGGGUUUACAAUUAGGUAUGGGCUCUCCGGGUCAAAAUUGAUCGAUAUGAGUGUGAAGAAGCAACUUGAGGAUAUUGCUGCUCAGCUUGAUCUGGGGGAUAUUCAAUUAGCUGUAUAACUUUUUCUUUUUCUUAAACAAAAAAAAAAGAAGAAUUAGUUGUUUUUAGUUUUGGCUUUACGGAUGAUUUUUUUGUACAAGUAAUAUUAUUGUUUUUGGUAAGGACAAGCCAAGUAAAGAUAUUGUCUGAAUUUUCUUUGGUAGCA